CGAAAGAACAACAAACUUAAAACUACUGCGACAUCUUACGUGUAGUUGAGGAACUUCGGUAUAACUAUUUUUAUAGCGUUGGUAAAGUCUUGUGGUACAUUCACAAUUUAAAUGGAACUGGAACAUACAUCGAAAACUGGCAUCCUUUGGAAGUCCGGUCAGUGGUGAAAAGAGCCAUGGAUGACUGUAUUGUUGCUGUUAAAAUUGAACCAAAACAAGAAAAAGAGUUAAAUGCAUCCCUGGUAGAACACAUUUUUGUAAGCAAUGACGGUUUGAGGUUGAUGACGAUAAAAGAAGAACACAGAGAGACUGCAUCUGGUGCAGAACGUGGUAGCGAUGUUGUCCACUGCGAUUAUGCUACAAAUAGUAAGAGAGUUGUAACAAAGAAAAUUUUUUUUAAAGAUUUUAAAUGUAACCUUUGCGAUUACGCAACAAAUGUAGGGAAAUAUCUUACAAAACAUCUUGCAAAACACAAAAUGUUUAACAAUUUUAAAUGUGAAAUUUGUGAUUAUGCCACAAAACGUAAAGACUCUUUGAGGCAACACCUAUUAAUAACUCACAGUGUCUCAAAAGAGUUUAAAUGUGACAUUUGUGAUUAUGCUACAAAACGUAAAGCCUGUUUGAAACAACAUCUAUUAACGCACAGUGUCACAAAAGAAUUUAAAUGUGCCAUUUGUCAUUACGCCGCUACACGUAAACGCUGUUUGAAACGUCAUCUGUUAACGCACAAUGUCUCGAACGAUUUGAAAUGUGACAUUUGUGAUUAUGCUACAAAACAUAAGGACUAUUUGAGAGGUCAUUUAUUAACGCACAAUGACGCGAAAAAGUUCAUAUGUGACAUUUGUGAUUAUGCUACAACACUUAAAGGGAAUUUGAAACAUCAUCUAUUAACGCACAAUGUCGCAAAGGCGUUUAAAUGUGACAUUUGUGAUUAUGCCACAAAACGUAAAGACUAUUUGAAACAACAUCAAUUAUUGCACAAUGGCGCAAUAAACUUUAAAUGUGACAUUUGUGAUUAUGGCACAAAAUUUAAAGGGAAUUUGAAACAACAUCUAUUAACACAUAAUGACGCAAAACCAUUUAAAUGUGACAUUUGCGAUUAUGCCGCACAACGUAAAGAGCAUUUGAAACGUCAUCUGUCAACGCACAAUGACGCAAAGGAGUUUAAAUGUGACAUUUGUGAUUAUGCCACAAAACGUAAUGAACAUUUGAAACAACAUUUAUUAACGCACAAUGACGCUAAGGAGUUUAAAUGUGACAUUUGUGAUUUUGCCACAAAACGUAAAUGCAAUCUGAAACGACAUUUAGUAACUCACAAUGUACAAACUAAAAGACAUUGAAAUGAUAGUAACAAAUAAAAUAAAUGUUAAAUUUCGUUUAUUUUCAAACCUCGAUAACCCGAACACGAUUGGAUCUAUUUCAAGUCCAACGACUUACGACGCCCAAUAGUGGAAAGUUGUCCAAAAACUAUACUAUUCUGGGGAGAACUAGGACAAUCACUACUGCCUGUUACAUUUGAAUUCGAACUAAGAAGAGCUUCAGAAUAGAUCUCGGGACCACACUUAUUUCCUUAUCAUCAUUUUUUGUAUAUGAACAAUGUGAUUAUUCGUAUCUGCAAUAUAAACAAAUUAACAAUCCAACGAAGUAA